AUGGAUGAUCUCGUUCCAAACGCAUAUCGAACCAAUAAUCCCAAGGCGACUGUCAACGGAGUUGAGAACGCGCCGUUGUUAUCGGGCCCUGUGGUCGUUCGACACGUGAAUGAUCUAGUUCCUCAAUUCGGUUACAUCGGCAAUUACCCAGAUGAAGCCGGACGAGGAGUCAGGGUUUUCCAUAAUACUAAUGUUCCAUUUUCCACGUUCAUCUGCGGUGUUCAGGGAAGUGGCAAAAGCCAUACUACAGCUUGCAUGCUCGAAAAUGCAUUGAUCCCGUCCAAACAGCUUGGCCGCUUGGAAGCACCUGCUUGUGCAAUGGUGUUUAGCUACGGAAGUUGGAGCACCGGUGGAUCAGGAUUCAGUGUCAGCGAAGCUGUGCAUUUGGCUCAUGAGAAACGCGAGUUUCCCGGGCAGAAAGUACGAAGAAUCACCGUUUUGGUCUCUGCUGACAAUGGAGCAAUUAGAAGCUGCUAUGAAGAUCCGAUUCGCAACGUUCGUGUCGUUCCGUUCAAACUCAACGCAAGAGCUCUCGACAUCACUGCCAUGCGCGCAUUGAUGGGGGUCGGUGAUAAGAGCCCUACACUUUACAUGAGCCAGGUCGAGAUGGUACUUAGAAAGAUAUCGUCUGCAAGCAAGGAUGGAUUACUUGACUACAACUUAUUUAUUAGGGAAGUGAAGAAGCUGGACCUGAGUAGGGAACAGAAGCAAGCCCUUGACCAACGUUUGACAAUGCUUGAGUCGUUCCUCGAUCGGGACGGUAAAGCGGCAGAACCGGAGUUUCUCCCAGGCGAGAUGAUUAUCAUGGAUCUUUCUGAUGCCUUCAUGACAUCUAGUACAGCCUGUGUUCUUUUCAAGCUAGGGCUGGACCGCUUCCUACAGUCACCCAUCAAGAACAAGAUGGUCGUGUUAGACGAGGCGCACAAGUUUCUCACGGACAGUCUCGACAACAUCAUUCGUCUCCAACGGCACUGGGGUACCCGCGUCAUCAUCUCCACGCAGGAACCAACUGUCUCUACCGCACUCAUUGCACUCUGCUCUGUCACCGUCAUUCAUCGCUUUACAAGUCCUACAUGGUAUGUCGCACUUAAAAAACACAUCGGCCCCAUGGAAAACGACAAUACUCUCAUGCAACAGAUCGAAGGAUUAAACACUGGAGAAGCGUUAGUAUAUGCUCCCAGCGCAGUGCUUGGGAGAAAUGAUGACGACAGCUUAGUAAAAGCUACGGGUCAGCUGCUCAAGAUUACUAUCCGGAAAAGGAUAACACACGAUGGUGGGGAAUCGAUUAUGGCCAUGUAA